CACAUCAUUCACAAAUCACAAAAUAACAAAAAACAAAAACAAAGAGAGAAAAUGGCGGAACAACCAAUGUCGCGAAAUCUCCAUGAAUCAUCGUCAAUAUCACCACCGUUGACUCGACAAACUAUGAGAUUCCUAACAGCUGCGAUGAUCGGCUUGUCACUUCUAGUACUCUCUGGACUGACGCUCACCGAAACAAUGAUAGGUUUAAUCAUAGCUACACCGUUGAUGGUUCUCUUCAGCCCGGUGCUGGUGCCAGCAGUGAUAACAAUUGGGGUUUUAACAGCAGGAUUUCUAUUUUCGGGUGGAGCAGCGACGGCUUUAUCGUGGAUCUAUAAGUACGUCAUUGGGAAACAUCUGAUGGGAGCGGAUAAAGUAGAUUAUGCGAAGAUGAAGAUAUCGGAGAAAGCUAAAGAGUUGGGGCAUUAUGCUCAGUCACAAACACACCAAACCACAAGUAAUUAGUAAUAAUGAUAACAAAACAAAAAAUAGUAAUAAUCAUAUAGAUCCACCUUCUGAUUUCUUUUAAAUUUUAGGUUUACUUAUGAUCUCAAUGUUAAAUUAAGUUUUAUGUUAUCUUACGACUGCUUUUUUUUUUGGUAC